AUAUUUCAAAGGAGCUUCUGCAAUCGUACAGUUAUCUAGGGUUUAAAAUUUUUGAAGAGGGGGUCCUCAGCAGAUAUUUGGUGCGUAAGUGUGGGAAUGAUCCUGAGAAGCAUGUGGUUACCUUUAGUGCAUCCAGUAUCAGUGUAAGCUGUAGCUGUCAGAUGUUUGAACAUGAAGGCAUUCUUUGCAGACAUGUUCUAAGGGUUUUCCAAAUUUUGGAAUUAAGGGAAGUUCCAUCUCGUUACAUCUUGCACCGCUGGACUAGAAAUGCCGAGAAUGGUGUUUUUCCUGAUGCAGAAUCAUGGAGCAGCGCUCAGGAACUCAGGAAUUUAAUGCUAUGGAGUCUAAGAGAAACUGCAUGUAAAUAUAUAGAUGCUGGUGCAACUUCUCUUGACAAGUACAAACUUGCCUACGAGAUUUUGCAAGAAGGGGGGAGGAAGCUAUGUUGGCAUCGUCUUAUUUCAUGAAUCAUACUGAGUAAUGCAUGAUUCGGGUUGCUGGUUUCCUCAACUGUUGGAUCUUUUACUGGAUAUUUUGCUAUGUAGAUCGAGUGGGUCGUGCCUGUUCUUUGAGUUGGCCUUUAUUCCUUAAGGAUGAGAAUGAGAUCAUUGAGUGGGCCUUUUUUGCCCCAAAAAAAAAUCCAGAUUUGAUGGUCUUUUAAAAACUCAGCUUCCUCCUGAAAAUCGAAGUUCCUAUACGCAAAGGAGUCCCUAGCCCUGCCCAGAUAACUUGUAGUGAUCAAAAUCGUGUACUUCUCUUUUUCAUUGAGAAAAAAGUGGUUAGCGGGCCACCCGCUUUCUUU